AAACAGUCACAGGGCUGCUUCCUGUGGCACGCAUGUAUACAGCACUGUUUAGAUGAUGAAAGCCUCCAAGAAGAAGGAAUCCACCAACAGUGGCUCUCUGGAUGAUGAUCCAGACGCCAACAGAGAGGAAAGUGAGAUUUGUCCUGGCUUUAAAGACGCAGACGCCUUCGUUAAAUAUGGUUUGGGGGCUGUGAUAUCAGCCACUAAAGCCUCAGCUGGCUUACCUGUAGCAGGAGAUGAAUAUGAUUUCUAUCGGAGCUUUCCAGGCUUCCAGGAGUUCUGUGAAAGUCAAGGAGACAAGCUUCUGCACUGCAUGAGUCAGAUAAUGCAGCAUCAUGGCUGCAGAUCUCACAUAAGAGACCGGAACAAGCUCACUGGACUGGAGGAGAGGUUUGACUUGGUUGUGGACUCAAAUGAUGUUAUUCUUGAAAGAGCGGGGAUUCUCCUCGACGAAGCCGACGGGGUAAACAGGAGCCAGAAUCCCGUUAUGCCUGCCGGGUUUCAGCCUCCAAAAAUUGUUGUGUCCAGCUGGAAUCGCAAGGGUUCCAGCUCUGGCAGCCGAUCGGAGACGUUCCGACUCCUUCACGCCAAGAACGUUGCGAGGCCCCAACUGAAAUUUAAGGAGAAAGUUGACAACAGCAAUACGCCUUUCGUUCCCAAGAUCUUCAUCAAGCCGAAUGCGCUGAAGCCACUUCCGACAUAUUUCUCAAACAAGCAAAUACGCAAAGAGAGGCCAGAGGACCUUGACGUCCCGGCUGCCUUGGCUGACUUUAUCCACCAGCAGAGAACUCAGGAACAUGUAGAUGACAUGUUUGCACAUCCAUACCAGUAUGAACUGGACCAUCUCACCAUACCAGAAAGGUUACUGUCCAAGCCGGAGCCUCAGAUGUACAAGCCGAUGGCCGAGACGAAGCUUUCCUUUAUUGACUCACUGGAGGACCUGGUCGCUCUGAAUGAGAAGCUGUGCCGAUUAUCUGAAUUUGCAGUGGAUCUCGAGCACCAUUCCUACCGGAGCUUCCUCGGCAUUACCUGCCUGAUGCAGAUCUCCACCAGAGAGGAGGACUUCAUCAUCGACACUCUGGAGCUCCGCAGCGAAAUGCACAUUCUGAACGAGGCGUUCACUGACCCGACUAUCGUAAAAGUUUUUCACGGUGCUGAUUCUGACAUCGAGUGGCUCCAGAGGGACUUUGGCUUGUACGUUGUCAACCUUUUUGACACCCAUCAGGCGAGUCGAGCCCUGAACCUGGCCAGACAUUCUCUGGACCAUUUACUGAAGAACUUCUGCAACGUGAACUCGGACAAACGCUACCAGCUGGCUGACUGGAGGAUUCGCCCCUUGCCAGAAGAGAUGAUCGAAUAUGCUCGAGCGGACACGCACUAUCUCCUCUACAUCUACGACUGCAUGCGGGCGCAGCUGUUGGAGUCGAACCACGGCCAGCCGGGCCUGUUGCAGUGCGUCUGGAACAAAAGCAAAGACGUUUCGUUCAAGAAAUACAUGAAGCCGAUCUUCACAGAGGAGUCGUAUUUAGAGCUGCAGAGGAAGCAGAAAAGGUCUUUUAACACCCAGCAGCUCACCACAUUCAGGCUGCUGUACGCCUGGAGAGACAAGCUGGCCAGGCAGGAAGAUGAAAGCACCGGAUACGUCCUCCCCACUCAUAUGAUGAUCAAAAUAUCCGAAGAGAUGCCCAAAGAGCCGCAGGGCAUCAUCGCCUGCUGUAACCCCGUCCCGCCGCUGGUGAGGCAGCAGGUCAACGAGCUCCACUUGUUGGUGCAGCAGGGCAGGGAAAUGCCGCUCCUGAAGGCUGAGGUGGCAGCUCAGAAGAAGAAAGGACUCACAACCAUCAAAAAGGCAGAAGUCCCGUUGUUUGGUCCACAUGAUACGUCCAGGGGGUCUGAGAGCAGCCACCCUCAGCUCAUUGCUGAUGAAGUCCCAGUGAAACAAGGAAUCCUGUUCUCAGAGGAGGUUUACAAAAUGGACGUUGAUGAGCAGAAAAUAAGCUCCUUGUUAGCUCCAGCUAAAAUCACCUUGUUUAAGGAACUGGAAACUCCUGCUGGCCAAAAAUCCCUUUCCGUAGCUCAGAUGAAAGCCAGGAGUAUCACAGAGUCUUUUGAAAAUCCUUUCAGAAUGUAUCUGCCCUCCACCGGCGCGCACGUCAACAAAAACGCCAAGUUUGACCCGUCUUCAAAAAUAUUCGAGAUCAGCAAGCGAUGGAAACUGCAGAGUGCUGAGCAGCAGCAGAAAGAGAUGGAGGUCAAGAAGAAAUCAAAGGAAGAAGCAAAACAAAAAGCAAAGAAACUGUCAGAGGAAAGAACCAAGGCUAAACAGAGCUAUCAGGAGUCUCUGCGGAACAUCGUCCCUGUUCGCCAGCAAGCAACAGAUUCAAAAGAUGGUGGAAGGAAAAAAGCGAGGGGUGGCAGCGAGGUUGGAGAGAUGACUCCCAAACCGAGUAAGAAGCUGAUGAAAUCAGCAGAGAAAUCCCAGAAGACCGAACCUCCUUCUGAAGAAACCUUCAAACCCUUUGACUAUGCUCAGUCAGAUCUUAAAGUUUUUGAUGGCUCCAAAGCUAAGGACAACAUGCAGUUUGAUCCAAAUCGACAAGCCCAGGAAUUUAGGAAAAAGAAACGUCCUCAAGGACAAAAAAACAACUUCUCUUCAGGAAACAGAAGCAUGUCGUACAUGAAGGGCAAGUCAGACAGAGGGUUCCGACAUGCCUGGCCCAAGAGAUAGACUCUGCAUUUUUCCUCAUCUUUUUAAAUCACCUGGAUUACAUGCAUUUUUCCUUUUUUUUCCCUGACCUCAAGGGAAACCCAGUUGUUCAGAACUGAUGAAUUUUUGAACGUGUUUUUCCUCCACCUCUGAUACUGCCCUGUAAAUAUGUGGAAGCACAUAACUCUUUAUUAAAGUUGGUUUUAAAAGAAAA